CAGAAACAAAAUCCGCCAUUAAAGAAGCAAUAUGACAGUUCAAGUUCAGGUGAGCAAGUAGUUGAGAACACGAAAAGAAGACCUACAAAACACCACUCUGCCACUCCCUCUUUCCAUCAAGAAAUUCCCCUGCCUCCAUCCAUCGCGCCCAACAUUCCACAAUGUCUACAACCCAAUUCCACCGCUACUGGACGCAGCUGAAGAGAAUGUGGGAGCUAGCAGGCCCGGCCAUGGUAAUCGAAGUCUCCCAAUUCUCCAUCGCCCUCGUCACUUCUGCCUUCGUGGGCCACAUCGGCCCAUUGGAGCUCGCCGCCGUCUCCAUCGUCCUCAACGUCCUCGAAGAAUUCGCUCUCGGUUUCAUGUUGGGCAUCGGUAGCGCGACGGAGACGCUAUCGGGGCAAGCCGUGGGGGCAGAGAAGCUCCACCUGCUGGGCAUCUACAUGCAGAGGUCGUGGCUGCUUUCGAUGGCGACGGCUCUGCUUCUUGCCCCCUUUUACGCCCUGGCGGCGCCGAUCUUCCACAAGCUGCUGCGGCAGGACGCAAAGAUCUCGGAGCUCGCCGGGAGAUUCUCGAUGUGGAUGCUGCCGCAGCUGUUCUUUUUCGCGAUGAACUUCCCGCUGCAGAAGUUUCUGCAGGCGCAGAGCAGAGUGUGGGUUCUGGCGGCGAUUUCGAGCUCGGUGCUGCUGAUUCACGUCGUGCUCAGCUGGGGUUUCGUUUCCAGGCUAGGGUUUGGUGUCGUCGGGGCGGCUGUCGCCGGCGACGUUUCGUGGUUUUUGCUCGUCGUCGCCCAAGCAGGGUACGUGGCGUUUGGCAGUUUCGAGUCGUGGAACGGUUUCUCUGUUCAAGCUUUCUCGUCUUUUCCUGGUUUUGCCAGGCUCUCCCUUGCUUCUGCCGUUUUAUCGUGCUUGGAGAUAUGGUACCCAACAGUGGUGAUUGUGAUGGUGGGGUGGUUAAAGAACCCUGAAAUUGCAGUUGGCGCUGCUUCCAUUUGCUUGAACAUUCAGUACUGGUCAUGGAUCAUUGCUGCAGGAUUCAAUACCGCUGUAAGCAUUCGAGUGUCGAACGAGCUAGGAGCAGGGAACCACGAAGCAGCCAAACUGUCGGUCGUGGUGACGAUCGUGACAGCAACGGUACUCGGCCUGACAUUCUCGGCAGUGGUGGUGGCAGCUAAGAACCAGGUCCCGAAGCUCUUCUCUUCGGACCCUCAAGUCAUCCACGAAGCAGCGAAUCUCGCGUACUUCUCUGCUGCCGCGAUAUUCCUCGACAUCAUCAUCCCAGUGCUCCAUGGGGUGGCGGUCGGAGCAGGGUGGCAGGUCCAGGUCGCGGUGGUUAACGUCGUGUGUUACUACGUGGUGGGACUCCCAUUGACGGCUGUGCUCGGUUUCGGAUUCGAGCUCGGGGUUAAGGGGAUAUGGUCAGGGAUGGUGGCUGGCUAUGUGCUGCAGAUGGCCUUCCUGUUGUUUGUUAUUUACAGGACGAAUUGGGAAAAGGAAGCUUCGAAAAGUGAGGAGAGGAUGAAGAACUGGGGAGAGAUCUCAGGAGAGUAGGGCAGUGGAAGCCAGGAGAAAUGGAUUGGAAGGAAGUAACUCCUACUUCUGUAUAAAUUCAUAUUCUUUAGUUUUUUUUUACUGUUAUUUCACUUUAUUAACGUUUUGAAUAUACAAUUAUCCGAAAAUAGAUAUUCUGUUGUUCUAGCUCUCUCUUCCGUUCCACAAGUCAGUAACUUAAAGUGAUCCGGCCACCGGACCGAGUUAAAAGCUGGUACAUUUGUAUAGCCAAACCUUUACGGGUUGUUUGUUUAAUGGAUUUGAAAAAUACGGGCUUUGGUAAAAUCCGAGUUUUGAAAAACCAUGAAUAUAUGAUGGAUUUGGUGGCAUUAUGGAUUUGAACAAGUCUAUUGUUUGCUUGUUGGAUUUGAUUAUGGAUUUUGUUUGAUUAGAUUUGUGGAUAUGAAAUGUAAAUUACCUUGUUACCAUUGUCUAAUUAUAUUUCUAUAUUAUAAUCCAAAAUUUUCAUUAAAAACAAAUCCAACAUAUACAAAGAAAUUUUACUUUUUACCACUACUUUGUGAACUAGUAAUUCAACUAUAAAUAUAGAAAUGUAUCACAAUUUGGCACGAAUUAACAAUUCAUCUAAUAAUGUACACAAUAUUACGUAUAAGUUGCAACCAGUUGCUCGCCUUAUUGACACAACUCAACAUCUUCUUGCUAUCUCCCCCGGUUUUGAAUCCGACAAUCAUACAAAUAAUAAUGCACAAGAUGAGCAUAAGGUGUUUAUAGUUGAAUCCAACAAAUCUCAUACACAUUCAUAUUUAAAUAAAACAAGACAUUACAAAUGAAAUGAUAAAGUAUCAUACUUAUGAUAGUUAUAGCCAAAACAUUUCAUAAUGAAAAAUCUAGCCAAUUUUAAAACAUUUGUCUGGAAAUUUAAUCAUUUUCGUUACAAAUUUUAACACUAUUACCACCUAGCUGAAAUAGAUGUACACGUCAUCACACGUGAAUUUCAUGUUAAUUAUGAGUCAUAGCCUUAUAGGUAAAACCAUGUGACAUGCCACAUCAACUUAAAAUGUUAUUUUUUUAUAAUAAAAAAUAAUUUUAAAAACCCCACCCCAUAUAAUAUGACAAGUUGUCCUUAAUAAUGCCACAUCUUUUUUAUAAGACUAAGAGUGAUAUAGUUUUACAUUUUUGUUAUUUAGGUACUAUUUAAGAGAUUUGAACUCGAGAUUUUCAAGUUCAAGACUAGUAGUAUUAUUACUAGAUCAAAUCUUUGUGUGUUAAUGCCACAUCAUCAUAGUCUAUUGGUCCAAUCAUCAAUGUCAAAAGAUGUGUCAAAUUUAGUAGAUUAUAUGUCAUUAUUAAAUCUACCAUUGUCAUAUAGGCUUAAGGUUAGACUAUACAUGUGUGUUUCUUCUUAUUAGUAUUUGGUUUAUUAUUACAAAUACCACAUUACACAACAUGCAUUCCAAACGUCCCAUAUAUAAAUUGAUAAUUUGAAUUGAAUCGGAUUAUCUGUCAUCGACUAGAAGUCACAUGAAUCUCACUGCUUGUGAAUGUAGCUAACACACAUUGUAUUAGUAAAUCACUUAAAUAUGUGUUUUUUUAGUUUCAUACAUUGUCGAUUAUCUCAAUCUGUUCUAAGUCCAGUGAUUGAAAUAUCGUAUCGUAACGGCGGGUCAACCAGAAAAAUCUCUUACCGGAGACUAACCGGGCAGUCGGUAUUUAGUGGUAUGAAGCGAUUGAAGUACGGUUAAACGACAAUUUAGUAUAAAAUACCAUAUCACCGACUUUUCUGGUUCAACCUCCGGUAUGAUAUUUCAAUCCUUGGUUCUAACAUAAAUUAUAGUCAACAGAAUGUCAACCAAAAUAAAAUGUCAACUAAUAA